AAGAUAUAUCACUGGAAGUUGGAGAUAUGAAUUUUAAAAUCUCAGGAGAAGUUGGAGCUAGACAGUCAACUUGGGAGUCAUCAGCACAGUACUGAAAUGGUUAAUUUGGAUGAGGAGCAUUCAACACAUUGAUUAAAAUGACAAGACCAGUGCUCAGAAGAUGCAUAUAUUUUGGAACAAUAGCAUUAAAGCAGAAAAUCAGUCUGACUGUAGAAAGAUAAUCACCAGCAAUCUUACUCUGGCGUAGCUGUAAGGAUACUUUAAUUCACUGGACAUUGCUCACUCCGAGGCUGCUGCAGCUGAGAGGUGCUGGGACAUCUGCCGACGGCUGGCAGAAGAUCUGAGUAUUUUUAUGCAAAGGUUGAUGGCAGUCAUGUAGAAACAUGAGAAGUUAAGGAAUAUGAGAAGAGAAGAGAACAAGGGAAGAGAAAAAAAAGUCUGUGUCUUUUCACAUCCAAUUGCCUUUGAGGAGCUGGGAAGAGAGCAAUUCACACCUGAUUAUCUCACAUCAGAUAAAUUAGCCGCAACCGAAUUGCUGGGCAGUCAGGAGCUAGAGCUCCCUGCAGCCUGCCUAGCCAGCUCUGGGGCAGCUCAGAGGCCAUGAUUCCCUCCCUGCCAGUCUUGGCUCUGGGCCUGUUAAUCCUGGCUUGGGGCCAGACAUUCCAGUUCCAGGACUCUGUCUUCAUCCAGUUUCUGGGUUUGGACAAGGUGCCUUCACCCCAGAAGUUCCAACCUGUGCCUUAUAUCAUGAGGAAAAUUUUCCAGGAUCGAGAGGCAGCAGCAGCCGCUGGGGACUCCCAAGACUCAUGCUACGUAAAGGAUCUGGGUGUCCGUGGGAAUGUACUCCGACUUCUCCCAGAUCAAGGUGUCUUUCUUUACUCCAAGCAACUCUCCCAAGCCUCCUGUUGCCUGGAGAAACUCCUCUACUUUAACCUGUCGACCACUAAAGAUAAGGAGCAGUUAACAAUGGCCCAGCUGGGCCUGGACUUGGGGCCCAGCACUUACUAUAACCCGGGACCAGACCUGGAGCUGGCUCUGUCCCUGGUUCAGGAGCCUCCUGGGUGGGGCAGGUUCUUCCCUAAGCCAGGUAAAGUGUUUGUACUGCAGACGGUACCAUGGCCUCAAGGCAUCCUUCACUUCAACCUGCUGCACAUGGCUAAGGACUGGAACGACAACCCCCAGAAGAACUCGGGUUUGUUCCUGGAGAUACAGGUCAAAGGAGACAGAGACCCCGGGGUGGACUCUCAGCUCAAGGACACCUGUGCCAGACUGCGGCGCUCCCUCCGUGCUUCCCUGCUGGUGGUGACUCUCAGCCCUGAGCAGUGCGGCCGUUCCUCCCGAAAAAGGAGGGCAGCCAUCCCCGUCCCUCAGGCCCCUUGCAAGAACCUCUGCCAUCGUCAUCAGCUCUUCAUCAGCUUCCAGGACCUGGGCUGGCACAAGUGGAUCAUUGCUCCCAGGGGGUUCAUGGCAAAUUAUUGCCAUGGAGAGUGUCCUUUCUCACUGACCACCUCCCUCAACAGCUCCAAUUAUGCUUUCAUGCAAGCACUAAUGCAAGCAGUUGACCCAGAGAUCCCCCAGGCUGUCUGUAUCCCCAUCAAGCUGUCCCCCAUUUCCAUGCUCUAUCAGGACAACAAUGACAAUGUCAUUUUACGACAUUAUGAAGACAUGGUAGUUGAUGAAUGUGGGUGUGGGUAGGCUGUCAGAAAGAGAAACAGGAGUAUUCUUCAGGUAACUCUAAUAAAACUACCUAACUGGCUUAUGACCUCUUGCGCCUGAAAUAUCAAUAUACUUUUGUUUAUGUCUUCCUGCAACAUCCCUCAUGAUUAAUGAUGUCCCUAAUUUUACACCUCUCCCCAGCCCCUACACAUACAACC